GACGCGCCGUGAGUUCUCACAUCUUCCCCAAGGGGGGUGGCUGUAGCCACUUACCGCCCUCACGGCGAUGCGGCGUUCGAUCGCAAGUCACAGAAACUGACCGGUGACAGCGCAUUGCUUAUAUCAUAUGCUCAGGACAACUGGAAUGCUAUAAGAACUCGGAGCGCAAGCCUUGUCAAAAGUCCAUUCACCUGUCACAUGUCUUCUGGUAUAAUCAUCCUUUUUGUGGCUGCAGUCGCAGUUUACUUCUACAGCAGUCGACGCAGUAGAUUACCACUACCUCCUGGGCCUCCUCCAAAAUUCUUUUCCGGGAAUGUACAUCAACUACCAAAGAAAGAACCUUGGCGGAUGUAUGCUACGUGGGCUGAGACCUAUGGAUCCAUACUUUCCUUCCGCGUGCCUAACCGGCAGUUUAUAGUACUCAGCUCCCUAAAAGCAGCCACUGAGUUGCUCGAUUCACGCGCCACUACGUAUUCUGACCGUCCAAGAAUAUGGAUGUACACAGAACUUGCGAAGCGCAAUUUGAACCCGUUCAACAUAUCUUUCAAUCACCCGAAUUUCAAAACGUAUCGCACGAUGCUCAAAUCUAGCCUGAGUCCUCGCACGAUACAAAGCUACCAGUCGCUUCAAACUGAACAAUCUCGUAUCCUGCUUGAUGGUCUGCACAAGAACCCUGAACAGUUCGUCGUUCACAUCAGAAGGAACGCAGGGGCCGUUGUACUUUAUCUCGCAUACGGCUGGAAGGUCACCAAGAGUGACGAUUAUUUCAUUGGUAUCCUGCGAGAAGGCCUUGAAAUUAGUGCUGUCCUGUUCCAGCCUGGACGUUGGUUGGUCGAAGUGAUACCAUUAUUACGUUUUAUACCUUCAUGGUUUCCAGGGGCAGGUUUCAAACGCGUGGCCUCAGACCUGGGGAAAAAGUUGGGUAGGCUCGACACAAUACCGUUUAGCUGGACCAAACAGCAGAUAAAAAGCGGCAGCUACACGCAUUCAUUCGUUUCAGAACAGCUCCUUCCGGAGGAUGGGUCCACGGUCGGUGCUCAACAAGAAGAAAUCGUCAAGUGGUGCAGUCAGGGGCUCUACGGAGGGGGAGCAGACACCACAGUAUCAUCUCUCACGUCUUUUGUUCUGGCUAUGAUGCUCUUCCCCGAUGUGCAGAAGCAUGCGCAGGCAGAGAUCGAUGCUGUCGUAGGCCAGGACCAAUUUCCCACUUUCGAGGACAGAGGCAAGCUCCCAUAUAUCGCAGCGCUCAUCCUCGAGCUCCUCCGCUGGGCACCCGUGGCACCGCAAGGGCUCCCUCACCACGCAAUGAAAGAAGACAUCUACGAAGGGUACCGCAUACCCAAGGGUACGACCGUCAUUGCAAACAUUUUUUCCAUGUCCCAGGAUAAAGAAAUAUACCCGGACCCAUUGGAGUUCAGACCUGAGCGUUUCCUGGGUCCCUCACCUCAAGUGGACCCACGCAAGUUUGUCUUUGGGUUCGGGCGCCGCGCAUGCCCUGGGUUGCAUUUUGCCGAAGCGUCAUUGUACCUCAAUAUCUCUUGUAUCCUUGCUGCAUUCACGAUCGCCAAACCGCUCGACGAAAGAGGAGAAGAGAUCACGCUUCCUGCAGAGUAUGAGAAUGUUGGCGUACUCUGGCACCCCAAACCAUUCAAGUGCAGGUUCAUCCCAAGGAACAAUGAUUUGUUGGCAACUCUUUCGCAAUAACCAGCACAUCACUUGCACCCCACGGAUUAGUGAUUUCUACCGCGUCACUACGGUUACGCAGCCAUAUAGACUGGAUGAUUUUUCUCGUUAGCAGCCCUAGAUCUCAUUGAGUACAGUACCCCAAAAACAACAAAACGCUCGUCUAAUUCAUACUUAUCCAGUGUCCUCUACGUUUAGCUAUGUUCACCUUUCCUGCUGUCUUGCCCAUAACACAGUCUGAAUUUCUUAUUGGA